GUCAAGCUUGUAAAGUUCCUCCUUCCCGCGCAAGUUCUCAAUUUCCAUCUCACGCGGCUCCUCGUCCCAGUUACGGUUUGGCUUUCCCGUGGCGCUAUCUGCGUUGACGUUAAGGUAGGGCCGAGAGUCGUCAGGUGGAGCGAGCAUGUAGUUGAGGUUCGCGACGGUGUCAGAAGCCAUAGUUCGUUGGUGCUGGAUGUAAAGCGGAAUGAAACGUCCUUCGUAUCACGAGCAAGUCAUAUCCUACUUAUUUAUGUCUCCAAGGACCGGAAAGCCGCUUGGCUUACAUAUCACAUUAUCAAUUCUCCUGGCCCAGCGGCUCAGGCUGAUUAUAGCUUGUUAAUGUGGAUGAAAAUAUCCCAUAAGCAUGGCGACCGGCGUAACUGUGCAAUGAGUGAGGAUCGAUGAUCCAAAGUCG